GAGUGGACAGCUGGUGAGAGAGUGUGUUGUGAGGGAGGGAGGGAGAUAUUUUCAGGGAGCAUUGGUUGGGAUUAGGCCUGUGUUGCAGGUUGCACUGGAUUACGCUGCGGAGCGGCGGGAAUGUCGCCCGAGCUCAUCCUCACCACAUUUUUGUCCGCUUGAACUGACCCGCAAUCCCAGUGAGCUGCACCAGCCAUAUGGAAACAUGGCCGACGUCCCUCAAAUCGUGAAAAUUGGAAUUUCCCUGAAGAUGCUUCCCAACAACACCGCGGUGUACUUCAAAUCCGACGGCGCCCGGUUCGGACAGACACGAACCAUCAAGCUGCUGACCGGGUCCAAGUACAAGAUCGAGGUGGUGGUGAAGCCAGGAGCGGUCCAGGCCACCUCCAUGAGUGUGGGUGGGGUGACCUUUCCUUUGGAGCAGCAGUCUAAAGACCCACAGUCCGUGGUUUACUCGGGCCUGUAUGACACAGAGGGGGUGGCACACACUAAGAGCGGGGAGAGGCAGCCAGUUCAAAUCAACCUACAGUUCACAGAGGUGGGAACGUUUGAAACCGUGUGGCAGGUGAAGUUCUACAACUACAACAAGAGGGACCACUGCCAGUGGGGUAACAGCUUCAACAGCAUCGAGUAUGAAUGCAAACCCAACGACACGCGCACCCUCAUGUGGAUCAACAAGGAGAUGUUUGUCUGACAGACAGAAGAUUUGGAGCAUAACUGAUUCACUCUUUCACCCAUCUGCCAAAGUCAGGGAAUACAAAACCCUUUGACAUGUAAACACACACGUGUUCUGUUUGCCCUAAAGGACAAGAUUUGUUCUGCUGUAAUUCCUAAUAACAUGCAGCAAUUGAGUCAUUUCUAAAGGGUUUUGUUUAUUUUAGUUACGCAAUGUGACAGUUUGUGUUCAAAUAAAAUGCAAUUUCAGAAUUAAGGAGAAAUGGCGUUAUGUGUGUAAGUGUGUUACGACGUGUGUGUGUGUGUGUGUGUGUGUGUGUGUGUAUGUGUG